AUUAUAUUAUAUAAAUUAUGUUCAGAAAAACCAUAUAUUAUUUUAUGAACUUGAAGGUAUAAUGCCCAAGACUCCAGUGUCCAAUGUUGGACCAAUAAUCAACAAUAAUAAAGACUUAGGAAUCAGUGUUCCUGACUCUCAGACAUAUAACUCGGAUACAAAAAGUAGCAAAAAAUUUACUGUAUACAAAGUUUUAGUUAAAACUCCUGAGAAAUCAUAUUUUAUAUUUCGUCGCUACAAUGAAUUUCACACACUCUAUGAUAAGCUUAAAAAGAUUUAUCCAGAGCUGCAUUUAAAGUUGCCUGGGAAAAAAUUGUUUGGAAAUAACUUUGAUCCUGAUUUCAUUAAGAUGAGAAGAGAAGGACUUAAUGAGUUUGUUUCCAAAAUUUUAAGCAUCCAAAACUUGUCAACAAAUCCUGAUCUAAGAGAAUUUCUUCAACUUGAUAAUCCACGCAACACAUCAAAUGAUUUAGAUGAAGAGGAUAAUCAGCAAGAUUUAAGUGUUGAGACCCUGACAUCAGAUAUGGAGAAGGUAGAUUUAGGUCAAUCUGAAUCUACUAAAGCGAAACCUGCUGAUUUUCUGUUUUUAAAAGUUAUUGGUAAAGGUAGUUUUGGCAAGGUACUUUUAGCAAAGCAUAAAGCUGAAGAAAAAUUUUAUGCAAUUAAAGUACUUCAUAAAGCAGCUAUUCGAAAAAGAAAUGAGGCGAGACAUAUCAUGGCAGAAAGGAAUGUUUUACUCCAAAAUGUGAAGCAUCCAUUUUUAGUUGGCUUGCAUUACUCAUUUCAAACAAAUGAUAAGCUUUAUUUUGUUCUUGAUUAUGUUAAUGGAGGAGAGUUGUUCUUUCAUUUACAAAGAGAGCGGUAUUUUCCUGAACACAGGGCUCGCUUUUAUGCUGCUGAAAUUGGAUCAGCAAUUGGUUAUCUUCAUCAACUAAGUAUAAUCUACAGAGAUUUGAAACCAGAGAAUAUUUUAUUAGAUUCACAAGGUCAUGUGGUUUUAACAGAUUUUGGACUUUGUAAAGAAGGAAUUGAACCUAAAGGAACAACAUCUACUUUCUGUGGUACUCCAGAGUAUUUAGCUCCAGAGGUACUUCGAAAACAAGCAUAUGACAAGUCAGUUGACUGGUGGUGCUUAGGUGCAGUGACUUAUGAAAUGAUGUAUGGUCUUCCUCCUUUUUAUUCUCGUGAUACUGCUGAAAUGUAUGACAAUAUUCUUCAUAAACCGCUUCGUCUUAGAACAAAUGUUUCCCAAAGUGCAAGACAUUUGCUUGAACAGCUUCUUCAAAAAGAUAGAACAAAGCGUUUAGGAAAUUCUAAUGCAGAUUUUGAUGAGAUUAAAAGUCAUCCUUUUUUCAGAACUAUUAACUUUGUAGAUCUGUACAAUAAGAAAAUUGAUCCGCCUUAUAAUCCUAAUGUUAGUGGUCAAAUGGACUUGAAACAUUUUGAUCCAGAAUUUGUUAGAGAACCUGUCCCAGCUUCGGUAUCCAAGGUUGGCAGUCAAAUGGUUUCAGCUAGCGUCGACGAUCCUGAUGACGCUUUUUUAGGUUUUACAUAUGUCCCUCCCGCUGAAAAUCUCCAAGAAUAAUUUUUAGUGAUUUUCAAUUAAUAUUUUAAUAGUAUAGUAUAAUUAUAUAUAUAUUUUUUUGUUUUACUUUUUUAAUUUAAAAAAGAACCAUGUCUGUGUUAAGCAAAUGUCGAAUAGUUUAUGUUGAUGCUUAUGAAUCGGGUUGAUUAGUAACUUAGAUGUUUAAUGAAAAAAGCAUUUGCUAUAUAUAAUUCUAUUUUUUUUUUUUCACAAAAUUAUUACCAAGAACAAGACUUAAUUGAUUUUUUUUUUUUUUAUUGGUGUGAAUGAAUUUACUUUUUUGUUUUUUCUACAGUCAAUUAUUUUGACAGGGGGAUUUAAUGUUUUAUUUGUUGCUUUUGUUUUUUAA